UGCCAGAGUGGUGGCUAUGAAGUCGACCUUUUUGUGGACCCCCCAGACUAUGACCUUCUCUGUAUCAUAUGCAAAGGGGUUCUACGCUGCCCUGUGCGUGUGGCAUGUAACCAUGUCUUUUGCAAGAAAUGCAUUUUGCAGUGGAUGAGGAGACAGGAAACAUGUCCAUGCUGCCGGAAGCCUGUCAGCCAGCGCCUUAUGUUUGUUAUGUUCAAACUCAGUAAAUCCAUUGGCCGUUUACCAAUCAAGUGUCGAAAUGAGCAGCAGGGAUGCACGGCCACCUUCCCUCUCUCAGAGGAGUAUCUCCACAGCUCCACAUGCCCAUUCGAGUGGUUGCUGUGCCCACAACAGGGCUGUGGGACUAGGGUACUGAGGAAGGAGGCCCAGGCACAUGCUCAGACCUGCAGCCACUGGAGGCAGCUGUGCCCGAUGGGUUGUGGCACACUGCUGAGCCGCAAUACUCAGGCCCAGCACAACUGCUACAGAGAGCUGCAGGAGCAGUACGAGGCCCAGAGACAGACGCAGCGAACCAUUGCCUCUGCACUGCGCAGGAAGAUGCAACGCAUGCAGAACUGCAUGGUCCACAUGACUCGGCAGAUCAGCCUGAUCUGCGAAAACCUGGAGCUCAGUGAAAACCUGGAGGAAGAGGAGGAGGAGAACCCUGGUGAGGGAACCAGUACAGAGAGAAGCUCCAGAGUCGGCCACAGCUCCAUCACACACACCAGCUCCAGUAGUAGCAGCUCCUAA